AUGUUCUCUACGAAUCCACUUUGCCAGCCGCCUUACCCUAUGCAGACAUCCUGUAGGUCGUCACACACCACUAGGAAGCGGAGAGACGCCCGCUGCAAGGCUGUCUUCUCCGAUGACUGGGACUGGCCGUUCAAUCCCAAGAAGAAUCGACCAAGGCGGCAAAGGUUUGCCAAUCGUGGAGAAAGGAUCUCGGGGUUCACUGCCGUCUUCUGUGAUGACUGGAAAGACGACGAGGUCGAGGACGAAGCACCUCUCUGCGCUCUUGAACUUGCCGGCUCGCAGAGCCCCCGAUCUGGCCAAUGGUAUGGAGGCUAUGAGAACGAAGGGGACGGCAAUGGCUUCAACGAUUUCGAUAACUUCGCGGAGCUCUUCUCCGAGUUGCCUCUAUCCAAAUGGCCAUGUACAGAACAGAGCAGCCUGCCGAGAGCAGAGGCCACGCUUCCGACCACACCGAACGUCUGCCAGCUAUGCCAGUCCCGGGAGACCAAACCAGAGGCAUGGUGGCCUCCAUCGGCAAUGAAUUUACCCAGUCUCGGCCCAUCACCCACAGCGUCUGCCGAUAACGGGGCUUCUAGUCAAGGAUCCGCGACACAAUGUUACUCAACACCAGAAACGCCAGCUUUGUCGUGUUCUAUGCCGAUCGACGUCGCGUCUCUUACCAACACAGAGAGUUAUCACUUCCAGGCAUCAGAAGAAGAUGAGUGGCCGCUUCUUUCAUCUGUGCUGGCGGAUUCGACUACCAAGGAUCGAGACAACAUAACGCCCUCAACUCAAGAUACUCCUGAACACCAAUGGUUUUUAGCGGAUGGUUGGGCUAUGGAAGCCACGGGUUUCGAUUAUUGGGAUUAUUUCUUGGAUUGUACAAUUGGUGCUGGCGACUGUCAUGGGAUUCGGGGCUGUGAGAAGUUGAAUGGUUUGGGGAAAACGCCGCUCGAGGCUUGA